CCAAGAAGGAUCAAGAAGGUGGAGAAGAAAAGAAAUCUGUGCAAAAGAAAAAAGUAAAAGAGCUAAAAGUGUUGGACUCAAAGACAGCCCAGAAUCUCUCAAUCUUUUUGGGUUCCUUCCGCAUGCCCUAUCAAGAGAUUAAGAACGUUAUCCUGGAGGUGAAUGAGGCUGUUCUCACUGAAUCUAUGAUCCAGAACCUCAUUAAACAGAUGCCAGAACCAGAGCAGUUAAAAAUGCUUUCUGAACUGAAGGAUGAGUAUGAUGAUCUGGCUGAAUCAGAGCAGUUUGGCGUGGUGAUGGGCACAGUGCCCCGUCUUCGGCCUCGCCUCAAUGCCAUUCUCUUCAAGCUACAAUUCAGUGAGCAAGUUGAGAAUAUCAAGCCAGAGAUCGUGUCUGUCACUGCUGCAUGUGAGGAGCUGCGUAAGAGCGAGAGCUUCUCCAGCCUUCUGGAGAUCACACUGCUUGUUGGGAACUAUAUGAAUGCUGGCUCCAGGAAUGCUGGCGCUUUCGGCUUCAAUAUCAGCUUCCUCUGCAAGCUCCGAGACACCAAGUCCGCAGAUCAGAAGAUGACUUUGUUGCAUUUCCUGGCUGAGUUAUGUGAGAAUGACUACCCUGACGUCCUCAAGUUUCCUGAUGAGCUUGCCCACGUAGAGAAAGCCAGCCGAGUUUCUGCUGAGAACUUGCAGAAGAACUUAGAUCAGAUGAGGAAACAGAUCGCUGAUGUGGAACGUGAUGUUCAGAAUUUCCCAGCUGCCACAGACGAAAAGGACAAGUUUGUUGAGAAAAUGACUAUAUCCUUUCUUUAGAGGACUUGAUCCCAA